CCUAGUUGGUGACAUGUUUGGCUGGUGGAGCAGCUUAGUGGCGGUGACUGGCUGACUGGCUGGCGAGGGGGAUGAGGCUGGACUUCUACCUUGUCUGGAACCUUUGCGUCUUGUUAGCACUCAUCGGUAUGUUCACCUACCUCAUAUUCUUCUUUAAGUAACACGGAAGAGGUGAAACGGACCUGGGCUGGCGCUGGUAGGCUGAAUGAGUCCCACCAGGUAACCCACCGGCGCACCGUCACUGCCCGCCAAACUGUCCCUUGCGACCCUUGCCUGCCCCGCCCCUCACCCUGACUCCUGACACCCACACCCGCACCAACUCAGCCCCCCUCCCUCCACCUGACAACCCCUCCACGUACUAACACCUGCAAAGUAACCCACGCUUCUGUCAACACCCAAGACGAACCAUACACUUCCACCACCACCAGAGGCAAGCCGCACGCCUGUCAACCCCUGUACAGUGAUCCACGCCCCUGUCAACCCCUGUACAGUGAUCCACGCCCCUGUCAACCCCUAUAUAGUGACCCACGCCUCUGUCAACACCUGCAGAGUGACCCACGCCUCUGUCACCAGCCCUCCAGUUCUCCAGGAAGUUCGUGGGUGGAUGUAAAAUAAUGUUGCUAUAAAGUGGUGUCAGGUGUAUAUAGUGUGGAUGGUGGUGUUUGUGUGAAGUGCCUGGGUGGUUUAGAGUGUUGUCAGCUGUUCACUGGGCACCUUGAGACUUGUGUUGGUUGGCAGGGAGAAGCAACUGUCACUUAUUGGGAAUCACCAUGCAGCAAGACAAGUAGAUCUGGAGGAGUGAGAUUCACAAGGGAACUUUGCUGUACUGUUACUUGGCUACACACUACCUUGCCUGGGAAAUGGAUAUAGAAGAGUCUCGACAGAAGGAGCUGCUUGCGGCUUACCUGUGUGUCAAGCCAUCAGUGGCUGAGGACUUGUGCAGUGCUGAGGAGGUAAAGAGAGCUCUGCAGUAUGCCGGUCUGAGUCCAACGCCGGCCUUCCUGGCGCAGCACUGGCAGGAGGACACCACUGAGUCUGUAACUUUUGAGCACUUCUGUGGCCUGGCAGAGCAGCUCCCGGACAUCAGCAUUGAUGACAUUGAGGCGCUCUUCAUGAAGGUGUUUGGCACAGCAGAUGGCAAGGUGGAGGAGGAUGACUUCAAGAGACUGGUGGGAGGCGACGAGCCUGAACGAGAGCUGAGCGAUGCCGACCUGAACUACAUCCUGCAGGAGGCCAACGUGGUGAGCAGCGGCUCAGUGGACUGCAGCAAGCUGUGCAAGGUCAUCCUGCACACAGUGAAUGAGAUGAAGCAGCUCAGCGUGCAGAGGCUGGAGGAACGCUCCCACUACCAGCGCAUCAACUCAAAGACCUUCACCAGGAAGAAGCGAGAGAAGUUUGCCAAUCAGGACGCUAGCAGUGGCACAGGUCAGUCCACGCUGGAUCUGGAAGGCUGGAAUGAGGCGGAUCUGAAAGGUUGCUUCUAUCUGGACAAGGGAAGUAUCCUGGCACACCAGUACAGCAUGGAGGUGUCCUGCCUGGGACCCACUGUGGUGCGCAUGAAGCCCAAGAGCUACAUGAAGCAGGAGGCUGGACGGGGGCCGGUUGACACCCUGUCGUACAUCUUCCGGGAGUCUCACGAAGGGAUGCGAAACUACAUAGGCUACACUGACCAGAGGGACAGCGACGGCUCUUACUUCUGGCGAGACACUCUGAAGGAGGGCCGGUAUGUGGUGAUCCCUUACACCAGUGGUUGCCGUCUGCGGGAGAGACUGCAGGAGUCGGAGGCCACCAUAGAGUUGGUGGAGAGACAGAGUAAGGUGCAGCUAACCCCAGAGUUCAGGCUGGUGCUGGAGGAAAUCUUUGAUCAGGUUGACCUGGACAGCAAUGGUCGACUGAGCCGUGAGGAGUUCAACCUGUACAACUGGCGCACUUCAGGGGAGGAGGUGCAGGACGACGAGUGGGCUGUGGUGCAGGCCAACUUUGAUGUGCAGGAUGGGGAGCUUACCCUCAAUGGCUUCCUGGCCCUGCACCAACUGGAGGCCGAAGACAAUGGUGGUGACUCAGAGGACCUGUGGGUGUCCCUGGAUGCCAUGGGGUACAACCGUGCAGGCCGGCAGGACCAGGCGGCGCCCUUCACCCUCAGUGUGUUCAGCCAGGUGUGUCAGCCCACCCUGCAGGUGUCUGGCCUUAAAAGCGGCGGCCUCCUGCUGGACAAGGCCGUGGUGCGUUCCAUAAUGGAGAACGCAGACCCAGUCAAGAUCAAGAACAUGAUUGACUUGAUCAAAUACGAGUACGUGGGAGAUCACCGGGCCAGUGUGGUAGUGCAGAACAAGGCCCACAGCAAGGUGACGGUGCGUGUGGACUGCAGCCAGAGCCUCAACGUCAUCACCAACAGGCCGAGUCUGGACUGGACGGUGGAGGUGGCAGGCAAGUCGGCCAUCAUUGCCCACCAGCUGCUGCCGAGCAGGAUGGGCGAGAACUGGACCGUGGUGUGUGACACAGCUGGAGACAACUUGUCAGAGGAGGAAGAGUAGUGCCUGGACCAGGUGCCGGAGUCAUGGCAGGACUGUCAGUCUUUGUAACAGUUGGCACCACACACUUUGACGCUCUGAUCCGGGCCGUGGUGGACGAGGGCACCCUUGCGGCGCUGCAGCACAAGGGCUACUCCAAGGUUACACUGCAGAUUGGACAUGGGAAAUUCACACCACCAGAGGGGGAGCACCAGGGGGUGGCCUUGUCCUGCUUCAGAUUGAAACCGUCUGUGGCAGAGGACUUUGCAGCAGCAGACCUUGUGGUGAGCCACGCUGGGGCAGGCUCCUGUCUUGAAGCUCUGCAGGCAGGCAAGCCCCUGGUGGCUGUGGUCAACAACACUCUCAUGAACAACCACCAAAUAGAACUGGCAGAGGAGCUUGCAAAUAGUGGCUACUGUUUCUUUUGCUAUCCAGAAACACUACAAGAGACCAUUGGCAAGCUGGACUUGUCGCAGCUGAAGCCGUAUGCUCCGGGUCAGCCCAGACUGUUGGCAGAGUAUCUGGACAAUGUUAUCAGAGUCGGAAGCUGAGGCUGGUGGAGGGCAGUGUUCAGUGAUGGCCACUGGCUUGUGUAGGUACAUGUUGACUGUUAUGGUAUCAGUGUAGCCUACAGGAGCAUGGCAUGUUUUGAUAUUGUGGAUUGAGGAAAGCAAGUGAUUUCAUAGUGUAGCAUCAACCUGAGACAUUUUGUGGAUGAAGUAUUGUAUUGAUAUAAAUUCUUUUGUCUUUAGAAAUGUUUCAGGGUAAAGGAGUCUGUUGACAUAAACUUGGCAUCUGCUUCAAAUAUUUAUGUAUAUUUGAUAGGUCAAUAGUAUAUUUAAUGUAGCAUUUCAAGCCUUCUAUACAAUAUACACUGUUAAACAUUCUGGAAACAUACUGAGGCCAAUUAUGUAUCUGUAGAUAAGAUCACAAGGUAGAUAGCAGCAGUGCAUAUGAAGCUGUGAUCAUUGUUGCUUUGGCUUAUGAGCAGAAGUGCUGCCACUACAUAUCACUGUCAGUCUGAACAGGUGUAGCAAGGACUGUCACUUUAGGGAAAUAGUCAUUAGAACCAAAGUAUUCCUCAGCUUUUUAUUGCAGAAAUAUAAUGAAAUUCUGCCAAUACACUCCAAAGCAUACCAGCACUGAAAGAGAUGAACAUGUUACUGGGGUGUUGAGUGCAUCCCUUCAGCCUGUGUGUGGGAGGAGCUCCCCCAUGACACAGCUGUUGCUCUGUGAUGCAUCCCUGCAGCCAUGAUGAGCCACACAGACACUUGUCCACCUGUACUAUCCCUCAGUGACAAGCUUGCCAGGAUAACAGUGUAAUGACUGGUGAAGGUGAUUCCACAAAGACUUCACCUGUGUUUGCAUCAACACCACUACUCUAUCAUUUUGGCAAGGUUUCAUCAAAAUAUAAUUUCCUAAUGAAAUUUUGUGUGCAUCACUAGGGCUUAGUACACAAUAUUAGUAAGUAUGUACUGCAAAACUGACCAGCUAAGGGUGUAGGCUACUCAAAAAAAGUUUUAUAAAGACUGUAGCUUGCUGUUUAUCCCUCAGUGUGUUGUAUGUGCCUUGUGUGUGCAGUUUUCAUGCAAAGGCACAUUGGGUAAGUCCAAAAUAAAUGUACACAACUUGUUUAUCUUCAUUUUAGGAUUUGCACUGAUCACCAAACUUUAUAGGCCAGUGAUAUAUUCUCUUGGUGCAAAGGUGCAGAGCAGGAGGUGGAGCAUAAGCAAGUGUGGAAGGAGUGAGAAUUAUAUACAAAAGAAAAUAAAAAAGGUAAGAAAGCCAUGUAGGUAGAAUGAGAGAGACAAAGAGGUGUGAGGUGAAACUGACUAGAAUAGAUCAGAAUAAGGGAGUUACAGUUAGAUUUUCAGGAGGGAGAUGGAUAAUACAUACUGUAUGUAAUAAUAAUAAAAAAAAAAAAAAUGCCUUAUCUAACAAACACUAAAGACACUAGGAAUUGAAGAAAAUAAAUGUGGGAAAGGCUGUCAAACAUUCAUGAAUAAAGAAAACUAUAAUAAGUAAAAGAC